AUGGCGCGAGUUGAGGAACGUCGUGGGGAGAGGCCCGGGCGCAUGUUCGCGUGCGUGCGUGUGUUCCUGGGCAUCCCGGUCGUCUUCCUCGGCUCCGGGGCGUCGCCGGCGAGCGAAGAACAGCUCCAACGGGUGGAGCUCGUGGCCGCGGAUCGAACAUUUGUCAAACCAGCAAAUCAAAUUCAACAACCAGAAGAUGUUGGACUUGCCUACUUUGAUUCUCUUCUGAAAGUAGGUUUCCUUCAAGAUGCAGAAGAAUGUCAGUCUAGCAGUGGUGAAGUAACGACUUGCAAAAUGCACGACCUGGUUCAUGAUCUCACCAGACAAAUUCUACAGGAUGAAUUUUUGUCUGGGAUAGCAGCUACUGAUCAAAUAAUGGGGUGCAAAUAUUUAUCUUUGAUUUCGUGCACUGGGGAGGUUGACAGCAAACUAUUUGACAAGGUUCGUGCUCUCUACAUUUCUAGGAGUAACAUUGCAUUUGACAAGACAACAAACCAUCCGUAUUGUGUCCGCACUAUUAUAUUGGAUUGUAUACGUGCUGCUUCAUUGUCACUCUUUAUAUCCAAGUUUGAACUCCUGGGGUAUCUUGAAAUCUCCAAUGUUAACUGUGAGGAACUCCCAGAAGCUAUCUCGCAUUGCUGGAAUUUGCAGGCCAUUCAUGUAAUAAGUUGCGAAAGAUUUGCAAUUGUACCAGAAUCUAUAGGCAAGAUUAAGAAGCUGAGAACUCUAGAAUUGGUGGAUGCACCGAAAGUCAGGACUUUACCUCAAUCUAUAGGUGGAUGUGAUAAUCUUCAAAGCUUAUACAUACAUGAUUGUAGACUGAACGGUAUACCUAAUUCUGUUGCAAACAUUGGAAAACUAAGGGUAUUUAGUAUAGUGUUUUGCAUUGGUUUGCGACAACGACAAGUGGAACCUUCUUGGUGCCCUCUCCAACACCUGCCUCAGUUGAUCACUUUGCUGAGUCAUCUGGAAUAUAUAGACCUUAAAAAUUGUUGUUUGCUGGAAGAAUUGCCAGAAGGUAUAGGGAACUUAAAAAUGCUCCAAGUUUUGAAUCUACAGGGAUGCCAAAAAUUGUGUGGCCUGCCAGCAGGUUUUGGGGAACUGACUCGUUUACAGAAGUUAGGAUUGUUUGUUGUGGGAGAUAAAACUGAGCAUGCAAGGAUCUCAGAGCUUGGAAAUCUUGGUAAGUUUAGUGGUAAAUUACGAAUAAAGAAUAUUAACUAUGUCAAGGAUCCAGGUGAUGCUGAAAAGGUUCAUUUGAAGAAAAAGAACGGCAUACGGAACUUAUCAUUGGAUUGGUAUUCAAGGGAGAAGAAUGGGGCUUGUUUUGUAGUAAGAACAGAAGAAGUGUCGUUAUUAGAUAUGGAAAAGGACCUGGAUUUGCUCAACUAUCUUGAACCACCUUCAGAUAUUGAGAAGCUGAGAAUUAGUGGUUUUCGGAGUUCACAAUUGCCACAUUGGAUGACAAAGAAAAGUAGUUCUAAUGAUCUGUCUGAUAUACACAUGCUAAAGCAAAGCUAUCUACCUCAAUUCUCCUCUCUGAGUAAACUAGUGUUGGAGAACUUACCAAACUUGGUGCAUCUGCAGGGGCUUAAAGAUUUGCCUGGGAUAAAGAUUUUUAAGCUGAGAGUAAUGCCUAAGCUGGAGUUUCUUACUACCGCAACUGGUUUAGCAAAGGGGGAUAAUGAACAUGAAGUGCAAUAUUGUUUCCCUCACCUUUCCACUCUAGUAAUAAGUGACUGUUCGAAACUAAACGUCAAGCCACACUUUCCACUGUCUUUGAGAGAAUUAACAUUGGAAGGAAACAAUGAGCAGUUGCUGUCCUCAGAUAGCUUCUUGUGUCCACGUCCUGCUCAUUGCGACGUGUCUUCACCUUCCUCCUGUAUUGUGGAUGUGAAGCCUCCUCACAUCACUCAACUAAAACUUGGAGGAUUGAUCGGAUCAUCAUCUGGUUGGGAGUUGUUGCAGCACCUCAAUGGGCUUCGUGAAUUGGAAAUCUCCAUGUGCAAAGAACUGAGAGAGUUACCUGAGAGCAUGAGGAGCCUCACCUGCCUACAAAAACUGGAUAUUAAUUGGUGUGAUAGUCUUGUGCUGCCGGAGUGGCUUGGAGAAUUGCAAUCUCUACAGAGGUUGAGAAUAAUAGGUCUCCCACUAAUGUCCAGCCUCCCUCAAUCAAUACAAAGCCUCACAUCCCUCCAAGACCUCUAUAUAUAUUAUUGACAUGCCCUCCACCGGCUGCCUGAGCAACUCGGGGAACUCUGCUCUCUGCAUUGCCUUCAAUUAUGUAACUUGCCUGCUCUAACGUCCCUUCCCGAGAGCAUGCAUCGCCUCACCUCACUUCAGAUUCUCAACUUCUCUAAUUGUCACGCCAUGACACAUCUUCCAGAGUCACUUGGCGAACUCCCUGCACUUCAAAAAUUUUGGAUCCAGGCUUGCCCUGGUCUUGCUUCCUGCCCUGCUGCAUAAAACGCAUUACUGCUCUAGAGGAAUUAAGGAUAAACAACUGCCCCGAGCUGGUUAAGCGUUGCAAGGAAAGAGUGGGGGAGGAUUGGCACCUUGUAUCCCAUAUUCCAUAUUUGACGCUAUUCUAAGGCAAGCAUGGCCAUAACCUAUCCAGUAUUAUAUCACUUUCCAGUACUGAUAUAAUGCCAUUUUGUUGCUGACCUUGGCAGAUGCACCAUUGAUAAGCCAAAUACUAAAGCUGGGAGGGAUCUAGAAGCUCAUCAAGAAGGCAAAGCACUCAGAAGAGUACAGUCGAUCGAGUUGGCUGGGGAUGGCGAUUUGCUGAGAAGCUGAUGAUCCAGGAAAUGAUACAAAGGAGACGGUCUUUUUCACUGCAUUUCUGUGGCUGUACAAGCUUUAAUUCUGCACCGUUACAUGUCCCCUGAAACGAUCUAAAAGUCGCAAGUGCGAGGCAUGGCUCUGUCUGUCUGAAAUCAUGUUUGACCUUGCGUAUGCUGGGUUUGCUUUUUGAACAGUCAUUCUGAACCUGAUAUGUAGGUCUGUCCGACCUCUGGAUCUUGUAAUCAGAAACGGUUUACAGAAACCAAACGUCAGGAGCUCUUGAACACCAUACAAAUUAACAUGAAGGUCUCUUCUUCUGGAUGCAUCGAUGCACCAAUUGGAAGAAUGUUGGCUCA